AUGACUACUUUACAGAAGCGUAACCAAGAAAGAACUCACGAAGGUACUAUCCGUAUUGAAAGAAGUGAAAAAAAUCAAGAACGAGCUUACAUUGCUGCAAGUCACCGUGGAGAUCGCAGUAUGGAAGCUCGAAUCGAAUCAGCUCGUAAAGCUUCGGAAAUUCACAAAAAACGUACCGGUAGAGCUUUACGUAUCACUCCCGAAGAUGUUAGAAAUGAAGAAAUGUAUCAAGAAAUCGAUCCUGAUGAGGAGGCUAAGUUAGAGCAGCUUCAUCAAGAAGUAAUUGGUGAAUCUCAAGAAAAAUAA